AUGGCGACCGUAACACUAACAGAAACACGCUCGAAGAACCGUCUUCCUAAGAAUGUCAAGCUGGCUCCCGAAAAUGAGCGAUACAUGCGGGCCUGCGCUGAAAUUGCCAAUACACUCAUUCAAGACUAUGAAGAGCAAGCUGACGGUUCGAAACCAAAAAAAGAUUUGAAUUUGAAUGCACUACGGGGACAGAUCUCUAAGAAACACUUCCUGAAAAGUCAGCCACCGCUUACUGCGAUCAUCGCCGCAGUACCGGAGCAUUAUAAGAAAUACAUACUCCCAAAAUUAAUCGCAAAGCCUAUCCGAACCUCGUCUGGCAUUGCCGUAGUGGCAGUCAUGUGCAAACCGCACAGAUGUCCACACAUAGCCUACACAGGUAACAUUUGCGUCUACUGUCCGGGUGGGCCAGACUCCGACUUUGAAUACUCAACGCAAUCUUAUACAGGAUACGAGCCGACCUCCAUGCGAGCCAUUCGUGCCCGCUAUGAUCCAUAUGAGCAAGCUCGCGGUCGAGUAGACCAGAUUAAAUCCCUCGGCCACAGCGUCGACAAGGUCGAGUACAUCAUCAUGGGUGGAACAUUCAUGUCGCUUCCAGACUCAUACCGAGAAGAAUUCAUUUCACAGCUACACAAUGCACUAUCUGGAUAUCAGACCAAAGAUGUCGAUGAAGCCGUUGCCGCAGGAGAGAUGAGCAAUAUCAAAUGCGUUGGUAUUACUAUCGAAACGCGGCCGGACUACUGCCUGGACACCCACCUCUCCUCUAUGCUGCGAUAUGGGUGCACACGUCUAGAGAUAGGUGUACAGUCUCUCUACGAAGAUGUAGCACGAGACACAAAUCGUGGGCACACAGUCGCCGCAGUCGCAAAGACAUUCUGUCUCUCAAAAGACACCGGCUUCAAGGUAGUGAGCCACAUGAUGCCUGAUCUGCCUAACGUAGGCAUGGAGCGCGAUUUAGACCAGUUCGUGGAAUAUUUCUCUAACCCCGAUUUCCGAACCGACGGACUGAAGAUAUACCCCACUCUCGUGAUUCGCGGAACUGGACUUUACGAACUUUGGCGGACAGGUCGAUAUAAGAAUUACACCCCAAACGCACUGAUCGAUCUUGUUGCCCGAAUCCUUGCGUUAGUGCCGCCAUGGACUCGCAUCUACCGUGUGCAGCGAGAUAUCCCAAUGCCACUCGUUACGUCUGGAGUCGAAAACGGAAAUCUUAGAGAGCUGGCAUUGGCAAGGAUGAAGGACUUUGGCACAUCAUGCCGAGACGUCCGGACACGAGAAGUCGGUAUCAAUGAAGUGAAGCACAAGAUUCGACCAGACCAGGUUGAACUAGUCCGGCGAGACUACACGGCAAACGGUGGCUGGGAAACGUUCCUUGCAUACGAAGAUCCCAAGCAGGAUAUCCUCAUCGCUCUUCUCCGUCUUCGACAAUGCAGCAAAGAACAUACGUUCCGACCGGAGUUGACAUCUCAACCCACAUCCCUUGUCCGCGAACUUCACGUAUAUGGUUCCGCAGUUCCAGUGCAUGCUCGAGAUCCUAAGAAAUUCCAGCAUCAGGGGUUUGGAACUUUGUUAAUGGAGGAGGCGGAGCGGAUUGCGAGAGAAGAGCAUGGUAGCAAGAAGAUUGCUGUAAUUUCGGGAGUUGGAGUCAGGAGUUACUAUGCUAAGCUGGGUUACUGGCUGGAUGGUCCGUAUAUGAGCAAGACGCUAGAACCUGAGUGGGAACGAUGGUAG